AUGACAGCUAAUCCAAAAGCAUUAUCAAUUGUUGCUAAAUGUGCAUUAUGUUCAAUAAAAACUGAAUUAUUUAUAUGUCCACAUUGUGAUGAAGUUAUAUGUCAAACAUGUGUUAAUAAACAUCAAUCACAAUUAAAUGAAACACUUAAAGAACAUUGGUUAAAAUGUAAAACAAAAUUUCAUAAUUUAUGUCAAUUAUCAAAUACAUGUGAUAAAGAUUUUGUUCUUGUUGAAAAUGAAAUGUCUCGAAUACGACAAAUAAUUGAACAACAAUAUUUAGAUGUUGUUGAAUCAAUUGAAAGUGAAAAAAAUACUUUAUUAAUAAAAUUAGAAGAUUAUAUUAAAUCAAUAACAUCAAAUGUUAAACAUAAAGAUCUUCAACAAUUAUUUAAUUCAAUUAAUCAACGACUUGAAGAUGUUUUUCAAAAUUCAAAUACAGCAUACAAUGCGGAUGAUUUUCUUUUAGAAAUAGAACAUUUUAAUAUGCAGAUUUCUAAUCGACUAACACAUAUACAAUCAAGUAGUUUUAAAUAUCCUUAUUUAAAUCCUUCAAAACCUGUGAUUAUAUCCGAUAUAUUCGGUGAAUUACAAUGGAAUUCUAAACCAAUGUCAAAUCGUAAUUUAUCUCGACCAUUAUUUAUUACAACAAGCGGACAUGGUUCUAUACAUACAAGUGAUGAAUUACAAGAUGAAUCCUUAAGUGUAUCAGAAGAAGAUUCAAUACCAGUACCUGUCAUGCGAAGACAAAAACAAUGGUCAAUUGAUGCAUGUGGUGUACCACAUUUUUUAUGUAUACUUUCAAAAAAAAAUUAUCUUCUUUUUGCUUGUGAUAAAUAUGGUUGUAUUGAUUUGUAUCAACUUGAUGGAACUGAUCCAAGUAAUACACCUCGUCAUUUACGUCAAUUUGAUUUAUUUCCUGGUAAUAAUACCAAUCAAAAAGCACAAAUAAUCGAAGCUUUUACUGUUUAUACACCAUUUAUUGUUGUUUCAGCUCAUUUAAGUGAUCAAACAGAUACAAGUUCAGUAUAUUUUUUUGAUCAUCGUGGUAGUCAACAAGCUGAUACUUGUUUACAAAAUUUUCCUGUUCGACAACUUUCAGCUGAUCCUAGUUUUAAAUGUUUAUGGGGUGUUGAUCGUCAUCAACAUACAAUUUAUUAUAAUCAAUUACCAAUGAAUGUUAGUCAAAUUCAACUAUCGAUUGAACAUCGAGCAGAUUUCAUUAAAUUUGGACGAGAUUUUGAACCGAUUAGAAUAACACAAAAUCAAACAUCAAUUGCAGUUGUUGAACGUAAUUCUCAAAGUGUACACAUAUUUGAUAAACAAACAAAAGAACAAAUAGAUGAAAUACAAAAUCUUUUACGUACUGAAGGUUCAUUUCGUUUAUGGAAUGUUUUACUUCGUGAUAAUAAUUCAAUGGUACUUAAAUUAGAUGAAGAUUUACCACCAUAUAGUCGACCACAAACAAUUCAUCAUCUUAUUGUUGAACUUGAUUCAAAAGGUAUGCCUAUAUCACAAAUAGAACGUACAGCUGUUUAUGGUCUUGCUAUUGGACCAAAUCAAGAAAUUUUACUUGGAUGUUGUUUUGAUGAUAAAACAUUAAUAUUAAUAUGUCCUAAAUGUAAAAAACUUCAUCAAUAUAAUUCACGUGAAGAAUUUGAAAAUCGUUGUAUGCCUGAUGGAUUUCUUGCAUCAAUGGUAACACAAUUUAAAAGAAAUCAAAGUCGAUUAUCUGGAUUAAAAUUUCGACCAACAUCAGUUAAUUCACAAAUGUCAAUAACUUAUGGAUUCUUACAAGUAUCUACACCAGUGCGUAUGUUAUCACAAAACAUUAAUUCAAAUUAUGAUCAAUCAUAUUCAGAACAUUCAACACCAUCAAUAUUUAAUCAACAAAGAUCAUCAUCAGUUUUAUCACAAUCAAUAAAUCGUUUACUUAUAGCCAAAUGUCAAUCAUGUAAUAUAAAAGGAGAACUAAUUGUAUGUACUCAUUGUGAUAAUGUUAUCUGUAUUAAAUGUGUUGAUGAACAUCAAAAUAUAAUUAAUAAUGAUAUUAAAGAUGAAUGGAAUCUAUGUAAAAUUAAAUUUCAAACACUUCAUGAACAAUCAAAUUGUUUCGAAACUGAUCUAGAAGAAUGUAUGUGUAAAGCACAUCAAUUGCAGAUAUUAAUUAAUGAACAAAGUGAUAAAUUAAUACAAACAAUUAAUAGUUAUAAGAAUGCUUAUAUUGAUUUAAUUGAAAAACAUCGUCGAACUUAUAAACAAUUUUUUGCACAUGAACAAGUGAUUGAUGAGUAUGAAUCAAUUGAUAAACGUAUUAAUGAUUUAUUAAGAUCUAGUGAUAUAACUGCUGAAAAAAUCAGUGAUUUUUCAUUUGAAAUUGAACAUCUUGAAGGUCGAUUAGAUAAUUUCAAUAAACUUUUGAAUUUACAUGGAUUAAAGUUUCCCGUACUUACAUUACCUGAAAAAAUUGAUAUUUCAUUACUUCUUGGUACAUUAAAAUUUAUUCCAUUAGAUUCUUAUUCAUCACAACUUUCAAAUAUUUAUAAUAAUUUACAACUUGAAUCUGAGUAUGAUGAUAAUAUAUUUAUUGAAACAAAUCUUAAUAAAUCAACUAUAAACAAUCAACAAUUAUCACCAUUACCUAUUCCAAUAGUAUCAAAGAAAAAACUUUUAUGGCAACUAGAUUAUAAAUCUGUACCAUAUUAUAUUCGUACUUAUAAUAAUCAAUUAUUUGUUUGCGAUAAAUAUGGACAUAUAUCAAUAUAUGAAUUCAAUAAACUAAAUGAUUAUCGACAAAAACCAACAUUUAUACGUGAGAUAAUAUUAUUUAAUGAUCAUCCAAUAUCAACAGUUACUACUGAUGAUCAAACAAUAAUUGAUUCAUUUGUUGUUUCUAAAUUAUGGAUUAUUGUAUUAAAACGUAAAAAAACUGAAUUAUAUGGUAUAAUAUAUUUAUUUACACAUGAUGGUAAAUUAAUACCAAAUGGUAAAUAUUUACAUAAUUAUCCAUCACGUGAAUUAACAAUUGAUAUAGAAACAAAUAUACUUUGGUCGCUUGAUCAACAACAACUUUGUCUUUAUUAUUAUCAAUUACCUGAUCAAAUAGAAUAUUCUAAUAAAAUUGAAAAUUAUUUUCAAAAUCGUUAUUUACAUGUACAAUUUCCUAAAACAUUUAUACCAAAACAUAUAUCUCUGAAUAAAAAUGUUUUAGCAGUCUUAGAUAAAAAACGACAAGCUGUACAUGUUUAUAAUAAACAAACACGACAAGAACUAUAUGAACAUGUUAGUAAUUAUAAUAAUACAACAUAUUUUUGUUGGGAUAUGGCAUUAUUUUCUGAUAAUAGUCUUCUUAUUAAACUUGAUGAAACAAAUUCAUUGAAAACAAAUUCAUCAAAACAUAUUUAUUUACAGCUUGAUACAACAAAUCAACAUCAUGUUAUUGGAAUGAUUGAAGAGAUUGAUGCAUAUGGAAUGAUAAUUACAUCAACUGAUGAAAUUUUUAUUGGAGUUAGAAUAAAUAAACAAGGGAUUAUUAAAUGUUAUGCUUGA